ACUUUAGGAUGGUGAAGAAAUCUCUCAACGGCGGGGUUUACCCAACUCAAGCCGGGGAGAAGAAGCACAAAGUCGGUUUUGUCGGAUUGGACCCCGGGGCUCCUGAAUCCAGCAGGGACGGGGCGCUACUCAUUGCGGGCUCGGACAGCACCAAGCGGAACAGCAUCCUCUGCAGACCGAGGUCCAGCAUCUCCGCCGGGAGACCCCGACCAUCGAAGAAAAAUGCCAGCUAUCGGAAACUACAGAGUUUCCUCUACAAUGCGCUGGAGAGACCGCGGGGAUGGGCGUUCAUCUACCACGCUUAUGUAUUAGAGUUGUAUUGCGGCAGCGGUGUGGUUCAGCACCGCGGUAUGUGGACAGCUCCGCGCAGCGUCAACAUCAUGGUGCUGAUCGCCUCAGUAUCAGUGCUGGCGGCCGGUUCUCAGGGCAAUGUGUUCGCCACCUCGGCCAUCAGGAGUUUGAGAUUCCUGCAGAUCCUGCGCAUGCUGCGUAUGGACCGCCGGGGGGGCACCUGGAAGCUGCUGGGAUCUGUAGUUUACGCCCACAGCAAG